AUGAAACGAAAGCGCCCAGACCGGGGCAGUCAAAGUGCGGUCAAGAAGCCAAAGCUCGACCAAAGCCAUGACGAGCGACCAUCACAUUCUCUUUUGAGAAAGUACUACCCUGAGCUGGUGACUUUGAGACAGUAUCUGGCAUCGCGCCUGAGCAAGAAACGUCGCAGAAGGCUGCAGCUGUAUGGGCGAGAUGUUACGGUUCUCGGAGACGCUGCUGUCUCACGCCUGCUUGAUUCAAUCAUCAUUGGAACAUUCGCUGCCGUUCACGCUCAAGACGAAAGUCUGAUCGAAGAUGACAUUUCCAUUUUCACCCAGCAGCUGAGCGGCUCAACAGCUCCACCAACACCAGGUGGUCUCAAGCAGCAUGAAAUUGUCGACUUCGCAAUAUGGCUGCUUUUCCGCCGCCAGCAAGGCAGUACCAGGCCUUCCCAUCUCCUUUGCCAGACCUAUCAGCGCUAUCUGAAUGCGAACAACCACGGUGUUGAACCUCGGAUUGUGCCCGGUAUACCAGGAAUCUAUUCGAGCGGCACGAAUGACAACGCCAAUGCUCUGAGGCAACAUCCGUGGACUGCCAUUCCUGAGCUGCUGGGAGGAGGAGCCGACCGGAUCCUCGGCGAUCUUUUGCUGGAUUGUGGCAUAUUUCAACCUAUCGCAGGCAGCAACAACUUGAGCCAGCUAAGUGGAAUACCCAUGUGCGAUCUGGAUUUACUGUCUUGCCCGCCGGUCUCAAGCGACGCUCCGAAAUCCUCUCGCCCGAGCAAUCUGGCGCAAGUGCCUGCUGAGAGGAAUGUCAGAUCGGUCACAAGCCCGUCAAACAUACGUUUCGUGCGACAUCGCAUGCUCUAUGCAAGACCGGCCUUGACUUCGAACGGGAAGGUGAAGUUCGGGCUAAAUCAGAUACAUGUGUUCAAUCGACAACGUGACCUUGACGAUCAGGAACAGACGAAGCAUGUCAUGAAAAAGAGAUUUCGCAUCAGAAACUCAGCCGACUCCAUCACGGUCGAAUACUCAAAGCUGCCAGGCCAGACGUUCUACCGCAAGACGUUGAAGUCGCUGCCAUCUGGAAGGCAACCGGCAGGGCAGUUCAUCAUUCGUGAGUGUUUGGCAGACUGUUACUACGCUGCUUGA